AUCCGGGCCUCGACGGGAGCGGCAGCCCAGCCAGGGGCCUCUCUCUGCCUUCGGGAGCGAGUGGGCGGCGCCGCCUUUUCGUUGCCGGGGCAACCAGGUGCGCCGAGGGAGGAGCAAGCGCGGUCCCGCCCCCUGGAGCUAGACUGCCUCUGCAGCUGGAGGCUCGAAGGGAGCCGCAGAAGAGCGUGGCUGCGGGAUCGGGGCCAAGCAGGGGAAGCCCCCAGGCGGGAGCCCAGGCCCAGAGACCCCUCCCCGCCCAGGCUCAGGGAAGUGUAUCCCAGGCAGGAAGGGGUCCUCCUUGGGGCAACCUGGCCCUCCUUGGGGGUGUCCUGGUGCAAUGGAAGAAGCAGGGCUGGAUUGACCUUGUGAGAGGAAUUUUGAGGUCUUAAGUAUAUAUUAAAUGUUCAUAAAAGUACCAACCAAGCACAUACACAGAUCAGCACAGGAAGACCGACCUGAAACCAUUUUUGAUUCCCAAACUGUCCCAAACUGACCAAAUGUUUUCUCUACAUGGUCAAAGGAAAAUGGAGAAGCCUCCCCAUUGUCUUUUCCUUCACAAAUCCUGUCUUAAGGGCACAUUUAAGAUAUGAAUCGGGUGUGAGCCUGUGACCUGGCUCAGGAACUAAGUAUUUAUCAUUACAAAAGACUGGCCAGGCUCCCCAGGAAAUCCAAUCAAGUAACCUGCCAGACAGGAGAUAAACAAGGACAGGAGAAAAACAAGACUCAAAUUUCUGUUUUAGACUGCCUUUUCUGUGAUGCAUGUAUGAUGUUUCUGGGGGUGGUCUUGAUCUAAAAAAAAAGGUAAAGGGACCCCCGACUAUUAGGUCCAGUUGUGACUGACUCUGGGGUUGUGACACUCAUCUUGCUUUAUUGGCCGAGGGAGCCGGCGUACAGCUUCCGGGUCAUGUGGCCAGCAUGACUAAGCCGCUUCUGGCGAACCAGAGCAGCGCACAGAAAUGCCAUUUACCUUCCCGCCGGAGCAGUACCUAUUGAUCUACUUGCACUUUGACGUGCUUUCAAACUGAUAGGUUGGCAGGAGCAGGGACCAAGCAACGGGAGCUCACCCCGUCAUUGCGGGGAUUCGAACCGCCAACCUUCUGAUUGGCAAGCCCUAGGCUCUGUGGAUUAACCCACAGCGCCACCCACGUCCCGAUAUAGCAUAUAUUCGACCAAAAAACAGUGACAAUUUGUUGUCGACAAAGGACAGCUGCACAUAGAAAGGGCCCCAUUACCUUCAGGAGCUGAGGGCCUCAUCCAACCUCAGUCUGGCCCUGGUUAGAAGAGCCCUCUGGAUCAAGGUAAAGGGGGCCCAUCGGGUCCAGCACCUUGUUCUCACAGGGGCCAAGCAGAUGCAGCCUUGGAAAAUCCGGAGGCAGGAUUCCAGCACAAGAACAGCCCCUUCCCUCCUGGGCUUUCCAGAAGAAUUCUGGCAUUCCCUCUUCUCCUCCAGGAAUGUGUCCUAUCCUCUUUUCAAACCAUCCAAUUUGCAGGAGGGAGUUCCAUAGUUUGACUAGGCGCUGUGCAAAGACAUAUCCCUCCUCCCGGUGCACAUGCGUGAGAUUUGCUUUUUUUCUUUUGCUUAGGAAAUGCAAGAGGAGCAGGACAGGCCCAGGCCAGCAGCAUCGAUAACCAUCCCGGAUCUGCCGCCCAGCCACACAAAGCAUCCUUCCUAUUUGCCCUCCCUCCGGCCAGCCGAAAUGAAGGGCCUGCAGCUGGCGUUCUGGAGAGCCCCCUCUCGCCCUGCCUGUGGCACUCCAGUCCCCCUUUGGCCUUGGCUGGCGUAGGCAGACACUGGGUGGCGCUUGGCCUCGGCCCCUGCAGAUCUCCUCCCUCUCGCAGCUGCCCUUUGGCCGGCCGGCCUGCAUCCAACAGGCAAGAGCAAAGGCCAGCACUCCUGCCCAGCUGCCUCUCCUUGCCUCGAGCGGCAGGAUGUGACCAGAGGCUGCCGGGACUGCCAUGCCCCGCUCCCCAUGGCCCCCAGGCGCCCCUGGGGCUCAAGGGGUCUGGCCUGCCUCUGUCUCCUGCUCUCCGCCAUCCCGCUCUGGUGCCUCCUGCUCCUGGCCGAUGGUGCGCAGAAGCUGCUGGGGGCCUCCAGCCCUUUCUUUGCUGCCUGGCAGGAGCCCCCGCAGAGGACCCACUCUGGAGCCGGAAACGCAGCCCGCCAGGGGGUGGACUUUGGGCCUCCGUUCUCAGAAGUUGGCUGGGAGCCGCACUGUGAGCCUGGACAGGUGCUCAUAAUCCUCGUGACGUCGGCCCCAGGAAAUGCAGAAUCCCGGCAGGUGAUACGGAGGACCUGGGCUGCGCAAGAGAAGCCCCAGCCUUACCCGUGGCAGGUCGUGUUCCUUUUUUAAAAAAACAUUUUUUAUUAAGAAUUUAAACAAAACAUAUUAUCUUAAAACAUAUUACCCUUAAUUUCCCCCAUUUUUCCUCCUCCCUCCCAUAAACAACCCCCCUCCCCCCUUGACUUCCCUCAGUUCCAAUCUCUGGUUUCUCUAUAAAUUCUAUUCUCUGCAUGUUACAAAAUUGUAUAAAUCCUUAAUUUGUCUAACUGGUUAUUAUCAAUAAAAGGUUUGUGAGUGUUUAUUCAAAACCUGCCAAGGAGUCCAAUUCACUUUGCUGCAUCUUUAGAUACUUUGUAAAGGGUUCCCAUUCAUCUUUAAAGUCACAGUUAUCCUUGUCCCGUAGUUUAUGUGUCAAUUUGGCCAAUUCUGCGUAGUCCAUCAGUUUCUCUUGCCACGAUUCUUUAGUCGGGAUUUCCUCGUUCUUCCAUCCUUGUGCUAUUAAGACUCUCGCUGCCGUUGUCGCAUACAUGAAGAUAUUUUUCAACUUCUUUGGCAGGUCGUGUUCCUGGUAGGCCGGAGCGCAGGUGAGGAGGCCUCCCGGCAGAUCCAGCAAGAGCAGGAGGACUUUGGGGAUGUCCUGGUGGGGAAUUACCUGGACACCUACCGCAACCUCACCUUGAAGGUCCUGCAUGGCGUCCGGUGGGCCCUCGGCCGCUGCCGGCCCAGCUACCUCCUCAAGACAGACGACGACUGUUUUGUCAACACUGAGCGGCUGCCGGAGUUCCUGGCCAGGCAAAACACCCUCCGGAGCGGCCUCUACGCAGGCUCCGUCUUUGCCCGGGAGAAGCGGAAAGUCAUCCGGCAUCCCUCCAGCAAGUGGUACGUGCCAAGGGAAGCCUAUCGCCUGGAAGAAUACCCACCGUACGCCAGUGGCAUCGGCUACGUCCUGUCCCUGGACGCAGCCGCGAGGGUCCUGCGGGUGGCAGAAAGCGUCCCCCCCAUCCCGGUGGAAGACGCCUACGUGGGCAUCUUGGCUCAGCGGGCCGGGCUGCGGCCUAAGUCCAGCGCCCGCUUUGCCAAGCAGAACGCCAGGUGGCGAGUGUGCAACUUCCGCUAUCUGAUGGUGGUCCACAGCCUCAGUGUGCCAGAGCAGGAGCUGGCCACGCGGAGAAUGCAGGAAGCCCGGCACGCCUGCAGAGACAGGCCGGAGGUCACCAGGUGGUGAGCUGGAGAACGCAGCAUUGGGGGGGGGGCGGCCUUGCCCUCCUCCUGCUCUGAGUGCGAAUCACAGCAAGAGCCUAGCGCUGUCCUCCUCAGGCUCCUUCCCCAACAGGCUCCUUCCAGCUAGAGAAAGCAAGUCCUGCUGGCAUUUUGGGGGGAAAGGUGGGAUGUAAAGGAAACGAACAAUAUUCUGCAGGCCCAGCAGAGCCUGGAUGUGCCAAGAGCCUCUUGGCAAAAAAGGGAGCCCCAGGAAGAAACGAGGCUCCACCUUCAAGGCUGCCAGGCACCCUUGGCCCAUCUGGCCCAACACGGCCCACUCUGACUGGCAGCAGCUCUCCAACAUCCCAGGCAGAGGGAGGGCUUUGUCACUGGGCUUGGACCUGGAGCGCCCCGUACCUGGAGGAUGUGAUCCAGCACUGGGUGCUUUCUUUGUGCCUGUUGCAGCAGCCGGGAUGAGGACUGCGAAGCCUGCAGAAACUCUGCAUCAGUUGGGCAAAACGCCCUCCCCUCACACAUAUAGUGGCACUUCAGGGAGCAGAGGGGGCAGCUGUUUUGCCAGGAGCCACUCAGGCACACACACACCUGACCUAUUUCAGGACAGCUUACCUCCAGGCAUGUGAGAGAGGGACUGCAAGGCACUGAACAGCUGCGAUUCCUGCAUUUUAGAUGCGAUUCCUGCAUUUUAGCUGCAAUUCCUGCAUUUUAGCAGCAAUUCUUGCAUUGCAGAGGUCGAACUAAAUGGGCCGUUGAGUCCUUCCCCAAACUACAAUUUUGAGAUUCUACAAACAGGCAUUAUUAACAACACAUGCUAAUCCUAACCCUAAUCCUAAUCAACAACUAAUCCUAAUAUUACUCAUUAGGAUUAUUAAUUUCAACUAGAAACUCAUCUCAACUCUUCCCGGUAUUUUAUAGCCCAGCUGUGGUUUCUGAUCUGUAAAGAGGUGCUUUUCGGGUGGAAGGGGAGGAGGGGACACACACACACGCACACACACACACACCCCCGCCUGAAACAGUCAGCUCAGCUUGUUGGUGCUGCAAACUGGAAAUGAAUGGGGCAAGAUAUUCCCUCCCCACGCUGGGGGGCUGGGGGGCAAGCGCACACAGCCCUUGGCCCUUCAGUGCCACCAGAAAGACCCAGAGUCAUGAGUCCUAAUGGACGGAGGGUUUCUUCCCCCUUGGGGGAUGCUAUCUGCCUUUUAUCUCCUUCAAGGCUUAUAAUUUUGCAGCAAUCAGAAAUGGUUCUGGUUCUCCUGUGGAAUAAGCCUGUGUCACACCACUUCAGACUCUAGGCAAAAGCUUAUAAAAGUGAAGUAAAAGCAAUACAGUGGUACCUCGGGUUACAAACGCUUCGGGUUACAUGUUUUCAGGUUGCGGACCAUGGGAAACCCGGAAGUACCGGAAAGGGUUACUUCCGGGUUUUGCCACUCAUGCAUGCGCUGAAGCGCUAAAUCACGUCACGUGCAUGCGCAGACACGGUGCUGCAGGUUACGAACGCUGCGGGUUGCGGACGUGCCUCCCUCACGGAUUACGUCCGCAACCCAAGGUUCCACUGUAAAUAAAUAAAUCCCUGCACGUUGAAAGCUAGGAUGUCAAGGAGAAGAGUAGACUAGCAUGUCCCUCCCAAACAUGCCAGGAUAUUCUCAGCCCUCCAUUUCUGAACACCGCUCUGAGGUUUCUGCACAGGAAAGGGGCAUAAUACAUUUCCUCAUUUUCAAAUUUUAUUGAAAAAAUAAAAUUUUACAAAAGUC